CUUUUCUAAUCAAGUUCCAGAGAGAGAGAGAGAGGGACUAGAAGGAGAAGACCAUUUCACGCAUAAAACAGUCACCACCAUUGACGAGGAGCUCCCCCCUUAACUUUCCCGCGAAACUGAACUUACCCGGAAAAUUCCAAUUCGGUAAAUCCAUUUCAAACAUUCCUCCCUAUUCUUCGUUUUGUUUUUUUCUGGGCAAGCAGCUGAGUCUUUGGAAUCAAUUUUCAAAUUUAAAAAAAAAGAAAAGAAAAACCGAAGGCAAAUGCGCGUCCUUGACAUUAGUCAAAAUGCGAGAUCCGAACCAAGUCUCCGUUCAAAGCUGCAAUUUUUAGAGAAAAUUCAAAUACCCGAAUAUUGUUCAUAUAAAACCAAUCUUUCCCAACCCUUAUUUCUGAAUAUUUGUGGGUUUGGAUUUGUUGGUUUCUUCUGUUGAGAGAAAAAGUUUACAACUUUGGGUGUGCAGAUUAGAGAGCUGGGUGUGCAGAAGGGGAAAAAGCAGGGUGCUUAUAAGUAAGCCUUUUCUGGUUUUGUUUUUUUACCUUUCAGGUUGUAAAAAUUCUUUGUUUUUAUUUGUUCUUUUUCUCUGUUGGAUACCGAAUUUGUUUAUUUUUUGUGUACUGGGGUUCUGAGCUUUCUGCCUGAGAAAGUUUUAUUUAUUUUCUGGGAUUUUCCCCCACUUUUGGGUCUCUGUGUUUAAUAUUUGUGAAUUUUUGGGGGGUUGUGGAACUGGGUUCUUGCUGUGGGUGUCUUUUUUUUAAGAAAGAAGCUGUUUUUUUUUUUUCACUGAGGAAUUGCUUUUCAAGAAGCAGCUGCAGAAGUUGUUACCUCUUAUUUUCACUAGGAUACAUAUUCAAAACUGCUUUUGGAUUUUAUUCCAUUUGAAGAAGUUGCAUUAAUUAGUGAGGGUUUGGAAUUCAAAAGCAGCUUUUUAGCCUUGUAAGUUGGGUUUGUGUUGGUUGGAGCUUGUGGUAGAGUGAGAGGGAAUUAGAGAGAGAAAAUGAGGGGUGGAGGCAGAAGGAGAAAGCUGCAUUUCAGCAAGAUCUAUUCUUUCACUUGUGGUAAAUCUUCUAUGAGAGAUGAACAUUCACAAAUCGGGGGACCAGGAUUUUCCAGAGUGGUUUACUGCAACGAACCGGAAUCUUUCGAGGCUCAGAUGCAAAAUUACGGAGACAAUUAUGUUAGAAGUACAAAGUAUACACUCGCUACUUUCUUGCCAAAAUCUUUGUUUGAGCAGUUCAGAAGGGUGGCCAACUUCUACUUCUUAGUCACUGGCAUUUUGUCCUUCACAGCUCUGGCUCCAUAUAGCGCUGUCAGCGCGAUCAUCCCUCUUAUUAUUGUGAUUAGCGCGACCAUGGUGAAAGAGGGUAUCGAAGAUUGGCAUCGAAAACAACAGGAUAUUGAGGUGAACAAUCGAAAGGUUAAAGUACGUGAUGGUAAUGGGGCUUUCAAUUAUACUGCGUGGAGAAAUCUGAGAGUGGGAGAUAUAGUGAAGGUAGAAAAGGACGAAUUCUUUCCGACAGACCUCCUCUUGCUCUCAUCCAGUUUUGACGAUGCAAUUUGCUAUGUUGAGACCAUGAACCUUGAUGGGGAGACAAAUUUAAAGUUAAAACAAGGGUUGGAAGUAACUUUAUCCUUGCGGGAGGAUUCUAACUUCAACGAUUUUAACGCCAUUGUUAAAUGUGAAGACCCGAAUGCAAAUUUGUACUCAUUUGUUGGAACUAUGGAGUUCGACAAUGAACAAUUUCCCGUCUCUCCUCAACAGCUUCUCCUGAGAGACUCUAAACUCAGAAAUACAGACUACGUAUAUGGAGCUGUUAUCUUCACUGGUCCUGACACAAAGGUUAUUCAAAAUUCUACCGCCCCUCCUUCAAAAAGAAGCAGAGUUGAGAAGAAGAUGGAUAAAAUUAUCUACUUCUUGUUCUGUGUUAUAUUUUUAAUGGCAUUUGUUGGGUCCAUUUUCUUUGGGAUUGCAACGAAAGAUGACCUAAACAAAGGGAUCAUGAAAAGGUGGUAUCUCAGGCCAGAUAAUUCUAGAAUUUUCUUUGAUGCUAAAAGAGCUCCGUAUGCAGCAAUUUACCACUUUUUGACUGCCCUAAUGUUGUAUGGCAACUUUAUCCCCAUCUCCUUGUAUGUGUCCAUAGAAAUUGUCAAAGUUCUUCAGAGCAUCUUCAUCAAUCGAGAUGUUCACAUGUACUAUGAGGAGGCUGACAAACCAGCACACGCCCGUACCUCAAACUUGAACGAGGAACUUGGCCAAGUCGACACAAUUCUCUCUGAUAAGACGGGAACUUUGACCUGCAAUUCAAUGGAGUUCAUUAAGUGUUCUGUGGCCGGGACAGCUUAUGGCCGCGGCUUUACUGAAGUUGAGAGGGCUAUGGGUCGACGAAAUGGUUCACCAUUGGUUCAUCAACUAAGUGGAGGGGACAAUCUCAAGGACUCUACUGAAACAAAGGCACCCAUCAAAGGCUUUAAUUUUAAAGACAAAAGGGUCAUGAAUGGAAACUGGGUUAAUGAGCCUAAUGCAGAAUACAUCCAGAAGUUUUUCAGUUUAUUAGCAAUCUGUCAUACAGCAAUUCCGGAAGUUGAUAAAGCUACUGGGAAUGUUUCAUAUGAGGCUGAAUCUCCUGAUGAAGCAGCAUUUGUGAUUGCAGCAAGAGAACUUGGUUUUGAAUUCUACAAAAGAACGCAAACAACCAUAUCACUGCGAGAGUUGGAUCCAGUGUCUGGCAAGAAAGUUGAGAGGACGUAUAGCCUUCUCAAUGUUUUAGAGUUUAACAGCACAAGGAAGCGAAUGUCUGUGAUUGUCAGAAGUGAGGAAGGAAAAAUAUUAUUACUUUCCAAAGGUGCCGACAAUGUUAUGCUUGAAAGGCUUGCCAAAAAUGGUUCGGGUUUUGAAGAAGAGACCAUGGAUCAUCUAAAUGAGUAUGCUGAUGCAGGGCUGAGGACCUUGAUACUUGCCUAUCGUGUACUUGAGGAAGACGAAUACAAAGAGUUCAAUCAAAAUUUUAUCAAGGCCAAGAAUUCAAUUAGUGCAGAUCGUGAAACAGUGAUCGAUGAAGUAACAGAAAAGAUUGAGAGAGAUCUAAUUCUUCUUGGUGCAACUGCUGUUGAGGACAAACUACAAAAUGGGGUUCCUGACUGCAUUGACAAGCUUGCCCAAGCAGGAAUUAAGAUUUGGGUUUUGACUGGAGAUAAGAUGGAGACUGCCAUCAAUAUUGGGUUUGCAUGUAGCUUGCUUAGACAAGGAAUGAAGCAAAUUGUAAUCACUUUGGAGUCUCCGGAGAUUAAAGCGUUGGAAAAGGCAGGAGAAAAGGAGGCCAUCGCCAAGGCAUCAAAAGGAAGUGUUCUCGAUCAGAUAAAUAGGGGAAAGGCUCAGCUUAUAGCAUCGAGCGGGAACUCUGAGGCAUUUGCAUUGAUCAUUGAUGGAAAAUCGCUUGCUUACGCUUUGGAGGAUGAUACAAAGAAUUUGUUUUUAAAUCUUGCAAUUGGCUGUGCAUCUGUUAUUUGCUGCCGUUCAUCACCUAAACAGAAGGCACUGGUCACUAGACUGGUAAAAUCUGGAACUGGGAAAACAACACUAGCAAUCGGUGAUGGAGCCAAUGACGUGGGCAUGCUCCAAGAAGCAGAUAUCGGGGUUGGAAUUAGUGGUGUUGAAGGAAUGCAGGCGGUCAUGUCAAGUGAUAUUGCGAUUGCACAAUUUCGAUACUUGGAGCGUCUCCUGCUUGUGCACGGGCAUUGGUGUUACAGGAGGAUCUCAUCAAUGAUUUGCUACUUCUUCUACAAGAACAUCGCAUUUGGUUUCACUCUCUUCUUAUAUGAGGCAAACACAUCCUUCUCUGGACAGCCUGCAUACAACGACUGGUUUUUGUCUCUUUAUAACGUAUUCUUCUCAUCACUUCCGGUGGUUGCUAUGGGAGUUCUCGACCAGGAUGUAUCUGCGCGGUUUUAUCUCAAGUUUCCUCUAUUAUACCAAGAAGGGGUGCAAAAUGUUCUCUUCAGCUGGCGUAGAAUAUUCGGAUGGAUGUUGAAUGGGUUUACAACUGCCGUGAUUAUUUUCUUCUUCUGCACGGAAGCGCUAAAUCAGCAGGCCUUCAACAAUGAGGGCAAAACUGCCGGAAGGGAUAUUCUCGGGGCAACGAUGUACACGUGCACAGUUUGGGUUGUGAACUUGCAGAUGGCACUUGCCAUCAGUUACUUCACCUUAAUACAGCACCUCUUCAUCUGGGGUUCAAUUGCACUAUGGUACCUCUUCCUCUUGGCGUACGGCGCCAUGUCACCCUCAGUCUCCACCACUGCCUACAAAAUCUUCAUUGAAGCCCUGGCCCCCGCCCCUUCGUUCUGGCUCCUCACAAUCUUCGUGCCAAUCGCCGCUCUAAUCCCAUACUUCACAUGCUCAGCCGUUCAAAUGCGGUUCUUCCCAAUGUACCAUAGAAUGAUACAGUGGAUACGCUACGAGGGCACAUCAAAUGAUCCCGAAUUUUGUGACAUGGUGCGGCAGAGAUCUUUGCGGCCGCAGACUGUUGGUUUCACGGCGCGAUUAGCAGCGAGGGCCAACCGUGUAAAAGACAGACAUCGUAACCGUAGAUAAGCUUUGUAAGUUUGUUCUUUGGUAUAGUAGGUCUCAAAGGAUACAGCUUCAGUCUCUCCCAAGUUUAGAAAAACGCUGCGUUUUGUACAUCGAUGGGUUGCACAUAUGUUAUACAACAAGAUUUUUUGGUUCAAUUUGUUCCUAGGAGUGGGCCCCUGUAGCCAGAUGACUCUGUACAGAAGCAGUUUUCAGCUCCGUUAGAAUUAGAGAUUGUAAAUUUUGAGUCAUUGGCCAAUGUAUGUGAUACAUAGUGAAAUAAUAUAUUGCAGGGUUCAGUACUUGUGUUUUCUUCUUGAA